UUCCGUGGGCGCGCCUGCCCCGCGGCGCCGUGACCCCCUUGCCGGCUCGCCUCCGCCCGCCGCCGGCUGGAGGAAGGGGAAGGGGAAGGGGAAGGGCUUCACUUCCGCCCGGCUGCAGGAGCCCCCGCCCGGCCCGGCCCAGCCCAGGUCAGCGUCCCCCGGAGGGAGCAGCCGGUCCUCUCCCUCCGUGCUGCAGCUGCUGCUGGUGGUGAUGGGGCGAUCCCCCCAGGCUGGCCCGGGCGCAAUGGGCCCCGGAUGAGGCCCGCCCGCCGAGCAUCCUUCCCCGGGAGGCAUCCGCCGCGCGCCGCCGCCGCCGCUCUGCUCCUCCUGCAGCUGCGGAGGGGAGAGAAGAGAGCGCGGCUCUCCUCCGGCGGCGCAGAAGAGGCGAGGACGAGCCCGAUUUAGGAAGCUGUGAGGGGUGCUGAAGAUGUCAGAUAGCCUGGACACUGAAGAGAAACCUCCAGCCCCUCCACUGAGAAUGAACAGCAACAACCGCGAUUCUUCGGCACUCAACCACAGCUCCAAACCUCUUCCCAUGGCUCCGGAGGAGAAGAAUAAGAAGGCCCGGCUACGCUCCAUCUUUCCAGGAGGGGAUAAAACCAAUAAGAAGAAAGAGAAAGAGCGUCCUGAAAUCUCUCUCCCUUCAGACUUUGAACACACGAUCCACGUGGGGUUUGAUGCUGUCACCGGGGAAUUCACACCAGAUCUCUAUGGCUCACAGAUGUUCACAGGGAAGCCUACAGAGGGCAUUCCUGAGCAGUGGGCCCGGCUAUUACAGACCUCCAAUAUAACCAAACUGGAACAGAAGAAGAACCCACAGGCUGUUCUGGAUGUCCUCAAGUUCUACGAUUCCAAAGAGACAGUAAACAACCAGAAGUAUAUGAGCUUUACGUCAGGAGAUAAGAGCGCCCAUGGAUACAUCGCGGCCCAUCCUUCUAGCACAAAAACGGCCUCAGAACCCCCACUAGCUCCCCCAGUUUCAGAGGAAGAAGAUGAAGAGGAUGAAGAAGAGGAUGACGACAAUGAACCACCACCGGUCAUUGCCCCGCGCCCAGAGCAUACAAAAUCGAUUUAUACUCGCUCGGUCAUUGAACCUGUAGCAGCGCCUACACCAGCUAAAGAACCCACCACCCCUCAGCCUGAGAAUUCCAACACAAACACUUUGUACAGGAACACAGACCGACAACGGAAAAAAUCCAAGAUGACGGAUGAGGAGAUCCUCGAGAAACUGAGAAGCAUUGUGAGUGUUGGGGAUCCUAAGAAGAAAUACACACGGUUUGAAAAGAUCGGUCAAGGGGCUUCAGGUACAGUUUAUACAGCGAUAGACAUUGCCACGGGCCAAGAGGUGGCGAUCAAACAAAUGAAUCUCCAGCAGCAGCCCAAAAAGGAAUUAAUAAUUAAUGAAAUCCUGGUCAUGAGGGAAAAUAAGAAUUCAAACAUCGUUAACUAUUUAGAUAGUUACCUUGUAGGCGAUGAACUUUGGGUAGUUAUGGAAUACUUAGCCGGAGGCUCGUUGACUGAUGUUGUUACAGAAACAUGCAUGGAUGAAGGGCAGAUAGCUGCUGUCUGUAGAGAGUGCCUGCAAGCUCUGGAUUUCUUGCAUUCAAACCAAGUGAUCCAUAGAGACAUCAAGAGCGACAACAUUCUUCUCGGGAUGGACGGCUCUGUCAAACUCACUGACUUUGGCUUCUGUGCUCAGAUCACUCCUGAGCAGAGUAAACGGAGCACAAUGGUGGGGACCCCCUACUGGAUGGCGCCCGAAGUGGUCACGCGGAAAGCGUACGGCCCCAAAGUGGACAUCUGGUCUUUAGGGAUCAUGGCAAUAGAAAUGGUGGAAGGAGAGCCUCCGUAUCUUAAUGAAAAUCCUCUCAGGGCCUUGUAUUUGAUAGCUACAAAUGGGACACCAGAACUCCAGAAUCCCGAGAGACUCUCUGCUGUUUUCCGAGACUUUCUGAAUCGCUGUUUGGAGAUGGAUGUAGACAGGCGGGGGUCUGCUAAGGAGCUCUUGCAGCAUCCGUUUUUAAAACUGGCCAAGCCUCUCUCCAGUCUGACUCCGUUGAUCAUUGCCGCCAAGGAGGCGAUCAAGAACAGUAGUCGCUAACUCUUUGGAGAGCAUGGGCCCACUCCUUCACAGCAGGACUGAACAAAAACUCUGUAGACCCUCAGACUCUGUGGCUGCGGGACAGGUGGGCGAACAACACUAUCAUGGUCACCAAUGGGGGAAGGAGGCAGACGUCUUCUGCUCACCCACCCCCACGGAACAGAAACCUAUCAUGUGUCUCGUUCCCACUCUCAGAUUCCUUAAUUUAUUUCUAUGGCAAACAGGAGCCCAACAGAUCGAGGUGGGACCACAGGCCUCGCUGUGCUCUUGGCCAUUUCCAGGGCACCAGUGGUGGCCCACGAAUGCUCUGCGCACUCAACCAAGACGGGAGUGUCCCCUCAAUCUGAUCAGCUCCCUUUUCUGCGUCUUUUCUGUUUGGCUUUGGAAGUUCGGCAACAUCCUCUUGCAUUCUGUCUGCUGGGAAGGAGCAAAACUAGUUGCUAACAACCGGUCUGUUUGCUUGUCACUAGCUGAGGAGGAAACAUGGGGAAGAAGCUGACUUUAUUUAACCAAAAAAGGAGGAAGAAGAAGAAGAAGAAGAAGAAGAAGAAGAAGAAGAAGAAUCUGAUCAAUCACGAAAUGCUCUUGGGGGGGGGGAGGUCUAUGCCUCAAAAUACUGAUAGCAUUAUGUUUCCUGGGCAGCCUGAUGAUGGUGUCAUGAGUUUUGGUGCUUUUGUGUUGGUGAGUGUUUUCUCCCCAAAGCUAAAUGAAAAUGGCAACCUAUAAAUAACAUUGUACCAACUGGGCUUAUAUAGCAUACCGCUGUGAGGACAUGGGGACGGGACUGGUCCUGCCAGGCGCUUGUCUCUUGCUUCAGAGUGCUGAGUCUCCUCUUUCCAUUGGACUGGAGAUGAAGGUUACACUGCUUCUUCUCGGGUCUCCAGAUUUUGGUGGGGUUGAAUCCACUGCUCUGGGGUUUAAGAAUUUUGCAACCCCACCCCAAAUGCACAUACUUGGAAGAAUCUCCCAAAUUCCCCACAUGCGAUGGCCGAUGAGGGCCCACUGCCUUAAUUUGUGAGAGCGACAUAUUUCUACUCUUGGUGAGAUUGCAAAAGAAACAGCCUGGUUGUCUGAGGUCUGCUACAGAGGAGGAACUCCUUCUCACGGCAUCACAAUGACAGCAUGGCUGAAAUAUGCCCUGCUGGAUCCACUUCAGCUCAUGUUAAAGGAGCUCCAUUUCCUCAGGACCACACUGUUAUAGGCGGCCAGUUUCAGCUCAUGACCUUCUAUAGGAUAGCAAGUUAGGUAAUGAGCCGUAAUUGGCUAUCACAGAUCUCCAUCAUAAGAAGGCAAAAACAGCCCAGCUGGAUCAGGUUCAUCUAAACCAGCAUCCUGAUUCCCACAGUGACCGUCCAGAUGCCUCUGGGGAGCCCACAGGCAAGAGGUGAGGGCACCCCCCCUCUUGCUGUUGCCCCCCUGCAACUGAUAUUUGGAGGCAUCCUUUCUCUGAACAUGGAGGUAGCCUCUAGCCAUCGGGACAAGUAGUUACUGAUAGGCCUGUCCUCCAUGAAUUUGUCUAGUCCCAAAGCUAGUGGCCAUCACCACAUCCCAUGGCAGAGAAUUUUCAUAGAUUAGUGGUGCGCUGGGUGAAAAGGUACUUCCUUUUGUCAGACCAAAAUCUCCUGGUACUCAUUUUCGUCAGCUGACCCCUGGUUCUAGUAUUGUGAGAGAGGGAGGAUUGUGGGUUCUUUCUCUCCACUCUCUUCGCACCAUGCAUACUUUUAUAAAACUCUAUCAUGUCCCCCCUUAGUUGCCCUCCCCCGCCCCAACUAAAAGCUCCAGAUGUCGGAGCUUUGCCUCAUAUGGAAGGUGCUCCAGGCCCUAGAUCGUCUGGGUGACCUUUUGUCCUGAGCUCAACUCCCUGGGCCCAGCAGUACAAAGGCCAGCCUCCUUGUCAUUGUGAUGCUGCUGUCGCCUAGAGUGAAUACAGCCGGGCUGCUUAUCUCGCAAUCCCACUCAAUGGGGAGGGGAUCCAAAGUCAGACGAGUUGCGCUCUGGGAAUCUCAUCAGAUUGCUGUGUGUGGUCAAGACAGCUGAGGUUUCAGGAUUGGGCUGCCUACGCGGCCUAUUUGCCUGCUUUCUGUGUAGUAAGAGCUUGUGAAGAGCUUGUGGUGGUGGUGGAAAAUACUGUCGGAGGAACAGAUGAGCAAAGAAUGGAGUAGAAAACUGAGCUCCGCAUAACUUUGUCAGGGGUGGUGAUGGUCGUCCCCACGUGACUCGUGUCCAGAAUGCAAAAAGCUAGACUCCCUGUGUGCUGAGGUCUAGAAAUGAUUGUAUAAAAGAAAAGAAAAAUAGCGUUGAUUAAACUCUUUGUGUUGACGUUUCUUCCAACGUGAGUUCUCUCUGACUCGGCAAAAAUGGACUAGUAUGGACCGUAGGCAGCUGCCUCAUAUUGAGUCAGACCCUUGAGCCGUCUAGCUCAGUAUUGUCUGCACGGACUGGCAGUGUCUCGCCGAUGUUUGAGGCAGGAGUCUCUCCCAGCCCUACCUGGAGGUGCCAGGGAGUGAACCUGGGACCUUCUGCAUGCAACGCAGAUGCUCUUCCACUGAGCUACAGCCCCAUCUCCUAAGGGGAAUCUCUUGCAGCACUCACAUGUCAUCCGCCGAGUUGCAAACCAAGGCAGACUCUGCUUAGCAAAGGGGACCAUCCACGCUUGCUAUCACAAGACCAGCUCUCCUCCCCAGGCCUUUUUGUAAGGACUGUCAGCAUUGUCACUGGCCUUUCAUACCAGCUCAAUUUGUAGACUUUAGAGGGUGAGGAUGCUUACCACAAUGCCACAAAAAGAUCCACCAGCCAACUUAUGCACAACAAGCUAUCCUUAAAGACACAGAAUCAGGCUGCUCUGGUUUGUUUGUUUGUUGGUUUGUUUGUUUGUUUUCUGGCCAGAUGGCAACCCUCAUUUUUCUGUACUUUAGUAACCAGGUUGAAAAGAUGGAUAAAUGUGUAUGUCCUGGCUGUUGCUUGUGCGGAGCCCGAGAGGGUGAGGGGAGAAGAGAAUAGCUUACAGAGCAAGAUAUUAUGUGAUUUCUUUACGGGGUAGGAAGUGUGGUCAUCUUUUGUUGUUGCUAAACUUGCCGUGUGGUGCACCGGCCAGCUUUUAUCAUUCUGUUGGCUCUAUGUCUGUCUCUGGGGUGGGUAAGCUUGGCUCUCCAGUAGCUGCUGGACUACAACUCCCAUCAUACACAGACACAAUUUGUCGGAGUUUGAGUUCAGCAGAAGCUGGCCAGCCAGUGUUGUCUACCCCGGUCUAUCUGUUUGAAUUCAGUGCCGAUCUCUGUGGUGUUCCUUUCCUGGCCACUGAUCCUGGCAACAUCAGUGUCCUCCUUGGCUUUACCGAGGCCGCUAAGAAGAGCUGCUGAGAUUGAAAACAGAGUUUAAAAGUGCUUCGCUUUGACUGGAUUGAAUUCAGCAAGUUUAUCUGUAACACGAUUGCCUUAAAUUUCACUCGAGAUUUACAUGUUGUGUCUAUCAAAGCAAAGGACAAACGCGUGCACAUGGUUUGAAAAUGUGGACUGUUCAAAAGGUUAGAUCCUGCAAAUUCCUGAAUUUCAACCUUGGAUGAAACCAUUUUGGGUUCCAUAUGUGUAACCAGCUCCCCGGAUUCUGCCAGUGAGUUUCCUGAGGGCUAGACUCCUGCUUUCCCUCGAGAUGCUUCAUUGGUCCUGGCUGGAUACUACAGCAGCCACUUGCAAAUCUCUCCCAGCCCUACCUGGAGAUGCUGCCAGGGAUUGAACCUGGGACCUUCUUCUGCAUGCAAAGCAGAUGCUCUGCCUCUGAGCUAUGGCCCCAUCCCCAAACAAGGUGGUAGGAGCAGAGGAAACUCCUUAUACAGAGUCAAACUAUUGGCCCAUCUAUCUCAGAAUGGCAACGGCUUUUCCAGGUUUUCAGGCAAGAGUCUCACUUUUCCCUACCUGGAGAUGCCGCCAGGGGUUGAACCUUUUAGAUCCAUGGCUGCUCAGAAAUUAAACACUCAGAACAACAGACUUCCUAGACUGGGUAGUCUGAUAUCCUAGAUUAGUGGAGGAGCAUUUUGCUAUGUCAGUCUCUGGUUGGCGAGCCACAUGAAGGAACCAGCAUUAAAUUAAAUAAGUAGCGUUUGGGUUUUGUUUUUGAUUUUUUUUUUAGCCAGAAGAAGCCAGCACAAUCACACACUUUAGAGUUUAUCCUAAAUGCAUGGAGGCAUAUGAAAAUUCUAGAAAAUUCUUUUCAAGGGCAAAUUUGCCCCGUGAUCAUCUCAACCGUCAUUUGAUAACAUGGAACCUGCAACACACAGGUAAUAAUAUCAAUCAGAUUUUUUAAAAUCAUUAAUCAGAAUUCUAUUAGUCCACUGACAAUAUACAUAAGUAGUAAUGUCUGGCCUACAUUAUAGGAAGCUGCCACCUGCUGAGUCAGACCCUUGUUCCAUCUAGCUCAGUACUGUCUGCACUGGCUGGCAGCAGCUCUCCAAGGUUUCGGGCAGGAGUCUUUCCCAGCCCGACCUGGAGAUGCUGCCCAGAAGUGAACCUAGAUAUUGUAUCUAUAUAUUAAUUUUAUUUUUAUUUGUCAAAUUUGUACACCGCCCCAAACUUUUAUCUCUGGGCAGUUAACAAUAACAUAAAACAAGCUAUACAAAAAUCUUAAAACAAUUUAGGCAAUCUCAAGGUCAAACACAGAAUGAAACUCUGUGUGUAUGAAAAAGCUGAAAAGGCUUGGGUGAAGAGGUGGGUUUUCAAGUGCUUUUUAAAAUGGUAUAUGCUGAGCAGAUAUUCCACAACUGAACUAUGGCCCCAUAUGAACGGGAGAGGAGGUUGUCAAACUGUUUCUGGACCAUAGCGGUCAGGUUGCAAGUGGGAUAUGCUAUGACUGGAUGUUUGGAAACCCUAGACGUGGUUUUAAAAGAAGUGGAACAAAUAAAAGCCCCCCACCUCUUAAAAUAUAUGCAUUAAAGCUCCCUGCACAUUUCAAACAAGGUGAGGGGGGAGAGAAUGUUCAAGCAUACCCUUCUCCCUGGCCUGCUAAGUUUCUAUAUGUAGUGUUUGUUCAUAGGAGGGAUGCUGAACCGUGAGAUCAAUCUGUCCCGUGACUGUCUCUUGUAUGAAACAAGCAUGGUUCAGUCUAAGACAACCGGUAAUAUCUCAUUUGUAAACUACACCUACAAGCCAUCAUGGGAUAAGCCAUCACUGCUCAUUACCUUGUAUUACCUCAAACCAUUACUCAGCAAUGGAAGCCCAGGUGGCAAGGUUGCCUCCAAGGCAAGGUUGCCUUACAUUACAUUACAUUUAAGGUCGAUCUCCCCACCAGGUUUAGGUCAAGGUCAAUCUCUGUUAUGUCAAGGUCGAUCUCCCUGUCCGGUCAUGGUCACUCGAUUCCUAUGUCAGGUCAAGGUCUAUCUCCUUGUCAGGUCAAGGUUGAUCCCUAUGUCAGGUCAAGGGCCAGUCUGCCUGUCUCCCUGACAGGUCAAUUUCACUGUCUCUUGUGAGAACACAGUGCAGAAAAGACAGCACCUGACCGUUCCUUCAGAGGGUCCUGGGACAGGAAAAGGGGAGGAGUAUAAUCAGGAGACUUUGAAAAGCACAGUACUGAAGGUUUAUUUAAGGGAAGGUGGGGGCGGGCGUGACUUACCAAGUGUCUGUAGCAGCCAAGACCGAAGGAAUUUUGCAGUGCUCGCGUGCGUUGUGCUGUUGGGCUAUAGUUCUGUCUCCUCAUCCUGUUUGCAUCUCUCAGUUUUUGUAAAUACGUGCAUGUUUGUUUUCCAUAGCUGGCUGGAUCUCAUUGUAUACAGAUGAGCUCAAGAAUUUUUUAUUUUUUAUUUUGUCAACAAAACCAGGUUUCUCUGCGAUUAGUGGUCGAGCCUCAUGCUUAACUGUCCUCUUGUUUUCUUCCCCCAAACCCACACAUUCAACAGUCCCAAAGAGCUAUCUCUUUAUUUAUUUGUGUUGGAGUAGGAGCCUGUGGGCCAUGGGGCAGGCCCACAAAUUCUGGCCAUCAGUAGCAUCUUAAAGAACAUAGUGAUUUUUGGCAACAUCUGCCUCCCUAGAGAUGGAAGGUGAGAAACAGGCUUGUUGCACUUACAGCUUCCUCUGUGUUCCCUUGUUCAUCCCUACCCUCAAACAAUUAUGGUAAUAUUGCAGUCAUAUUUUCACAGAGCAAAGGGUCAGCAUCAGGAUAAGAACAUAAAAACAUAAGAACAGCCCUGCUGGAUCAGGCCCAAGGAGGCCCAUCUAGUCCAGCAUCCUGUUUCACACAGUGGCCCACCAGAUGCCGCUGGAAGCCACAGGCAGGAGUUGAGGGCAUGUCCUCCCUCCUGCUGUUACUCCCCUGCAACUGGUACUCAGAGGCAUCCUGCCUUUGAGGCUGGAGGUGGCCUGUAGCCCUCCAACUAGUAGCCAUUGAUAGACCUCUCCUCCAUGAAGUUAUACAAACCCUUCUUACACAGUGAACAAAUUUACACAGGAUCACAGUGAACAAAUUUUUAUACACUCUCCAUGGAGUAAUCGUCAGAAAACAUUCCUGCCAAUUUUCAUUUCCAUUCUUCAGAUGACGUCAAUUACAUUGUAUAGUCAUUUUUGUGUUUUUUUAAACUUUUCGGUGCUUUUUAAACACCAUUGCAGAUUUGGCCACUGUAGGCACCAUGGUCAGGACAACAAAAGCAGGACAAGCUGAAGGUCUUGCAAUGCCAUGACCUCUUUUCCAUCUGUAGAGGGUGCAGACCUUCUCAAAAAUCACUAUGAGCAUUUGUCCCUGCAGAUGGUACCCGCCACUCUAGCUGACUCACGUACUACUACAGAGAUUGCAAAAAUCUGGAAAAGAGAGAUGUUUCCAACAGUCCUUAAAAUCUCCUCCAUCUUUCAUGUCUUCACUUCCUUAAGGAACCAGCUAGCCAGCUCUUUCCAAAGGGAGUUUGUACAACGUGCAAAGCUUCUGCUGUUACCAUCCUUUCAAAGCUCUGCUGAUUUGUUUCUAUUGUGGUUCAUUUUCCUGUUCUCUGUAGCUGCUAACUAUAAGCCAUCUCACAGGCUUUAAUACAGUGGUUAUGACUUUCUCAUUUAAUUUACAUCAAACGAUCAGUUUUAAAGACUGUAUGAUCAAACUGUAGGAUGGAUCUUCCACCAGGUGCAUAAUGACCCUCUGCUAGAACUUGUAGCCUGCAAGGGUUCAUUGCUGAACUGAUGCAUCUCCCAAGCAAAGUUUUAUAGGAUGCUGGAAGGGGCGUCCUCCCAGUUUCUCUAACAGAGAAUUCUCAACACUAAACUGUAGCACCCAGGAGUCGUUGGGGGAAGCCAUGCCAGUUAAACCGGUAUUAAACUGAUCACAACAUGUGCCUGGGCCUUAUUGGAAAUCAAGCAUACAAUAAUUUUAUGCACAGGGGUCUGAGUGAUGGAGAAAACCUGGCAGCUGAACUCGGAACCAUGAAAAGUAAGGGACAGUCUUGUGGAAUUUCACCAGUGCAUAUUAGCAUUAGGGAAUGGUAUUCUUGUCUGUAAGAGAAACCAGAAGGGGAAAACUGCCACCUUUUCUGUUGCAAAUCCCAUUGAUGGGAGUUGGAGCAGGUUAUCGUUCUUUCAAGGGAGUGGGGGUGGGAGAGAAUAUCAGGGACUUGGGCAGGAAAAAUACUUCAGAAGUCACCAGGGGAUUCUAGGUUCCAUGGCUGUGUUUGUUUCUGAGUGAAAGAAAAGGAAGAAAAGUGAGCGGACGGAGGUUAUGUGCAUACAUGCCAUAGGCUUGCUUCACCUAUGCCAAUAGUGGCUUGUCCUAGCGAAAGUGUUUGUGUGUGUGUGCGCAUGCACAUGAGGCUCAGCUAUCUCUGUUUCCUGGCAGGUCUGGUUGCUCUUCUCUUGCCCCUCCCCUCCCCCUGUGAAAAUGAGAGCUGCACUGCCUGCACAGAGCUGAAACCGCAUGGCUCUACCUGAUGAAUGGUUGGCCUGUAGGCAACCCAGCUCUCAUUCAUGCCAGGGUGGGAAGGGAGGGAGAUGAGCAACGGAAAUGGCCAGCAACCAGAGGAAGCUGUGCCUCAUUUGCCUCCCCCACGCUGCAACUCAUUAGGAUGAGCGGCUACUGAUGUAGACCCAAUGGAUCAUCUCCAUGGACGUAUGGAGAUACACAUGUGCUAACCCUUGUGGUUUGUCAGGCAUCAGGAGACUGGGCAGCAGCCUGUGUGUUGGCAGGGACAUGCUGUACAUGUUUUCCUUAUAGGCAGGGACUAUUUCGGGGAUAGGAACCCCAAAUGUUUAGCCUCCGUCAGGAUUUGUGUGGCACGGCUCCAAUUCCAGGAGGCACACGUGGGGGACUUGCUUCCUUAACUGUUGUGAGGUCCUCCUAAACUGUUGCUUUUGCAGGCCGUGGAGACGUAGGACACUACCCUGAGCACACGUCUUGUGGAAAGGUAGCACAUUGUGAAGAAUCAAUUGAGGGACUGACCACUGGGCGAAAGGUGUGCGGGCAGUUUUACCGCUGGGGCUUUUGGGAUUCCUAAAGGGCCCUCUGUCAUUCUCUCCAGAAUCUGAGCACUAAAUCAUUGUCACUUGUGGUCUGCCUCUUAAGCCAAGCAUGCUGCCAACGUAAUGGCUCCAGUCCAACAGAGUGUGCAUGGAGCAUCCUGCGUUAAGUGUGCAUAGCCCUUUAAAAAUACUUGGAAUUCCACCGAUUGGUGUUUGGCAGAGAGGGAGGAGCAAGAGGCGGAGCUGCUGAAUCCACCUGCAGCACAGGUUAUUGGGGGGAAUUUAGCCUUUUCUGUAACAGUCUUCCCAAUGCAAUGUGGAUGCUGGAUCAGGCUAGGAACUUGUGCACACAGCAGCCACUGAUGUGCAAUUCCCCACCCAGGUAGGGAUUCAUGCCAGCAGUCUUCUUCUAUGCAUGCACAAUCCCUAGCUGGACCAGGAAAAUCAAUACUAUUAAGGUUACAAAGAAAAUCUGCAAGGGUUAUUUAUUGGUUUUUCCAGCAUCUCUAAAUUCUACUUUGUCAGAAGUGACCAAUUUAGCAACACCUGUUGUGUACUGAAUUUAACUUCAGGGUUUCCAGACAAAACCGAACACAGGACAACUUACAUUUCCACUGUUGAACAUUUGCUGUACAUUCCCCCCACUUUUUUUUUUUUUGGACAUGUUAUCUCUUAAAAAGCAAACAACAAUGUGUAGUGAAAUUCUUCUGUAACUUUGGAUUAAGAGGAACUUUUUUUAAAAAAAGAGGAGAACAAUGUUAUUUCCUUUGUAAAUGUGCUGACGGCAUGGAUUCAUCUUUCUGACCUCAGCAUCCAUUUUUAAAAAAAUAAAAAUAAAAAUAAAGAUUUUCUUUUUGCGUUUCAAAUAUUAAGUUAUUUUCAAUUGUGGUUGAAGCAAUAGAAAAUUGAAAUAUGGAUUGUGCAUGAUUGUGUCUUGAGUGUAAAAAAAAAUAUUGCAGUUUGAAACUUGGACCUAAAGUAUUGCAAAUAAAAAUUCUAAAUACCA